AUUUAUUAACUUUAUUGUAUGUCUGAAACUACUGGAAUAUGGACAAAAUCAUGUUGCAUAUCAAAAAGAUUAGAUGGAAAGUUGGCUAUUGUCACUGGAUCUAGUGCAGGAAUUGGUUUGAUUACAGCUGGUGAAUUAGCCCGUCGUGGUGCUAAGGUAAUCAUGGCAUGCAGGAAUUUAUCGAAAGCUGAAGGCGUGAGAAAACAACUGUUGGAGAAAUAUGGUGUUAACAAUCCAGACAGCGUGAAUAUUGAUAUAGCGUGUAAAGACGUGACUCAGUCAUUGAGUCCAAUUAAAAAUGAUCAAUUGAUUAUUGAACAACUUGAUUUGGCCUCUCUGGAUUCAGUCAGACAGUUCGCUGAUCGAAUAAACUCCAAGUAUACCGAGUUGGACAUUCUAAUCAAUAAUGCUGGUCUAAUUGUCGGUAAAUACGAGAAGACAGUUGAUGGCUUCGAAAUGACCAUAGGAGUUAAUCGUUUAGGACAUUUCCUGUUGACAGAAUUGUUGUUACCACUGUUGAAGCGAUCAGCUCCAUCAAGAAUAAUUAAUGUUUCCUACAUGGCACACUAUGCCGUUCGAUUGAGUAAACCAGAUUUGCAGCUUCCCGAGGGUGAAUACAGUGAACUGAAGGCCUACAGUCAGUCGAAACUAGCAAAUGCGAUGCACGCAGUUGAGUUGAGUGAGCGAUUGCAAAAUAGUGGAGUGACGGUGGUUAGUUUACAUCCUGGUGCAGUGAAGACUGAAAUUCAAAGUUGUGUCAAAGGAUUUUUUAGUAAAAUGUUUGUUACACUAGUGUGACCGUUUUUCAUCGAUUCAUGGUAAGGUGCACAAACCACGUUAUACACUGUCUUAUCGGAUAAGUUAACAUCCGGUGGGUACUAUUCAGAUUGUGAUCUUAAAAAACCAUCGUCUACAGUUAAAAAUAAAGAGGAAAGAAAAUGGUUUUGGAAUAGAACUUGUGAACUUUUGGCGAUUGAAAAUCAAGCUUAGUUGAGUUUUAUGUGAUACAAGAGAGACUAUUUCCAACGGUAUUAUCUCCUGUGAACUUUGUAUUUUGUUCUAAAUGGUAGCUGACAUAUUCAGACAAGAUAUUUGAUUGCUGCGUGAACAAAAGACAAACCAAGCGUAAAUUCGAUUUAGUAAUACUGUGAAUUUUACAGCUGUUAGGAUUACUAGUGACCUAGAUUUGAGUAUGUAUUAAAGUAUAUGAA